ACGAUCACAUGAGGGUGGAGAGAAGAUGGAGAGAGCCGUGAGUUGAGGGGUAGCUGGAAAGGGAGGGCCGGACGCAUGACAUCAUUCCCUCAGCUUCCCUGCGCGGACAGAGCUCUGGUUUCUCCAAAUGCGCACGGCGGCUGCUGCUGAGGGAGCGACUCCUCCUGCCGUACACAGACGCGUCCUGAGCAACCUGCGCUCUUGGGGUGGAUAUUAAAAACAUAAUUUAACCCGACAGAGGAACCCGUGAACCGCUCCUCACUGGACCUGCCGCAGGAACGCAAACAUUUAACACAAACCCAGGGAUUAUUGCUUGUUUUAAUCAUGAAGAUGUGAGGGUUUACAAGCUGAGAAGAAAGAAAGAGGAACUCCGAGGCUGACAAAAAGGUACAAGUGAGCGACUAACAAGAAGAAGAAGAAGAAGAAAAGAAGAAGAAGAAGAAGAAGAAGAAGAAGAAGAAGAAGAAGAAGAAGAAGAAGAAGAAGAAGAAGAAGAAGAAGAAGAAGAAGAAGAAAAAGAAGAAGAAGAAGAAGAAGAAGAAGAAGCCACUGGAGCAGCUGAAGAUAUGAAGCUAAAGAGGUUUUGAAAACAACCCAGUGAGUGCCAUACCGUCCUGCGUGAAUACCCCCAACCUUCCCUGCGCAGUCGGGGCCUCGGCUCUCCAGCCAGGUCAAAGACCAGUCCCACCCCACCCCUCCCUGCCCCCCUUUCCCUACUGGAGCCAAGAUGGCCACAAGCGGUGCCCCUCGCCUCUCCUUGCCACUCCUGCUGCCUGUCACCACUCUGCUGCUAUCACUGCUGCUCACCGGCUCCCACGCCUUAUCAUCACCACGGUUCACUAAAGUUCCCGUCGACCAGAUUGGCGUCUCAGGGGGCGUGGUCUCCUUCGUGUGCCAGGCGACGGGUGACCCCAAGCCGAGGGUUAGCUGGAACAAGAAAGGCAAGAAGGUCAACUCCCAGCGUAUAGAGACCAUUGAGUUCGAUGAGGGUGCCGGCGCCGUACUCAGAAUCCAGCCUCUCAGAGCGCCACGUGACGAGAACAUCUAUGAAUGCGUUGCCGAGAACAGCGAGGCCGAGAUUACUGUCAAUGCCAAGCUGUCCAUCAUCCGAGAGGACCUUCUCCCACCAGGCUUCCCUAACAUUGACAUGGGCCCUCAACUCAAAGUGGUGGAGCGAACUCGAACGGCCACCAUGCUCUGUGCUGCCAGUGGCAACCCUGACCCAGAAAUCACCUGGUACAAAGACUUCCUGCCCAUUGACCCAAGUGCAAGUAAUGGGCGAAUCAAACAGCUGCGAUCAGGUGCCUUGCAGAUCGAGAACAGCGAGGAGACUGACCAGGGGAAGUACGAGUGCGUGGCGUCUAAUGUGGAGGGCGUGCGCUACUCGUCCCCUGCUAACCUUUAUGUGCGAGAGCUUCGAGAAGUCCGGCGGGUGCCUCCUCGCUUCUCCAUUCCACCAACGAGUCAGGAAAUUAUGCCCGGUGGCAGUGUGAACAUAACGUGUGUGGCGGUGGGGUCGCCCAUGCCUUACGUCAAGUGGAUGCUGAACUCAGAGGAUUUGACACCCGAGGAUGAGAUGCCAGUGGGCAGGAAUGUUCUCGAACUGAGCAGCGUCCGUGAGUCAGCCAACUACACCUGCGUAGCCAUGAGCAGCCUUGGCAUCAUUGAAGCUGUGGCGCAGAUCACUGUCAAAUCUCUUCCCAAGCCUCCAGGUACCCCUGUGGUUACUGAAACCACUGCCACCAGUGUGACCAUCACCUGGGAUUCAGGCAACCCAGACCCAGUGACUUACUAUAUCAUCCAGUAUAGGGCCAAGUCCCCAGACAGCAAGUAUGAGACAGUGGAUGACAUCACCACUACGCGUUACAGCAUUGGUGGCCUGUACCCCAACACAGAGUAUGAAAUCCGUGUCUCAGCCGUCAACACAAUCGGCCAGGGUCCUCCCAGUGAGCCAGUAGAAACCCGGACUGGUGAACAGGCCCCUGCCAGUCCACCACGAAACAUCCAGGCACAGAUUAUAUCCCAAAAUACCAUGAUGGUACGCUGGGAAGAGCCCGAGGAGCCCAAUGGGCAGAUCAAGGGCUACCGGGUUUAUUAUACCAUGGACGACUCCCAACCCAUGAGCCUCUGGCAGAUCCAUAAUGUUCAGGACAGCAUUAUCACCACUAUCCAGAGUCUGGUUCCUCAAGAGACAUACACAAUCAAAGUCCUAGCAUUCACCUCUGUAGGAGACGGACCCUUCUCCGAACCCAUCCAUGUCAAAGUACUGCAAGGAGUUCCAGGUCAACCAUCAAAGUUCCAGGUUGGUGCUGUGUCUGAUACCAGCAUUCAACUGACCUGGGAAGCUGCAUAUGACAAAGAAGGAAUUAUUAAUUAUGAACUUCGCUACAUGGAAGGCAGUUUUGGCACGCAGAUGAAGAAAAUAUUCGGGCCCACAUCUUCAUAUGUUGUGGAAAAUCUCCGCCCACACUCAGACUACCACUUCUCCCUGGCAGCCAUCUCUACCAAAGGCAUUGGAGCCUUCACCAAUGACAUAUCACAGAAGACCUUGCAAGCCAAGCCCUCAGCCCCCCCUCAAGACAUUAAGUGCAGCAGCACCAGCUCCACCACCCUGCUGGUAAGUUGGCACGCCCCACCUUUGAAGAGUCAGAACGGUGUCCUGGCGGGGUAUAGGGUGCGCUACCAGGUGGUGGGCCCGUCGGAAGGCGGCAGUGACGAUGGGGAGCCCAUGGAGGAGCCCACAGUCCCUGCCAGUGGAGAGCAGGUGCUGCUGCAGCGAUUGGAGAAGUGGACCCAGUACCGCAUCACUGUGUCUGCCUUCACUGUGAUUGGGACGGGCCCUGAGAGCGAGCCCCUGAUCUGCCGCACAGAUGAAGACGUUCCUGGGGCUCCUCCAAGGAGAGUGGAGGUGGAGGUCCUCAACUCCACAGCACUAAAGGUGAUGUGGCGCUCCCUGACGCCAGGCAAGCAGCACGGUCAGAUCCGUGGCUACCAGGUUCACUAUGUACGUGUGGAAAAUGGCGAGUCACGGGGCCUACCUCUCAUCAAGGACGUCAUGCUGGCCGAUGCCCAGUGGGAAACGGACGAUACAGCUGAAUAUGAAAUGGUCAUUGGAGGACUCAAACCAGACACCACUUACUCCAUCACUGUGGCAGCGUACACCACCAAGGGGGAUGGAGCCCGGAGCAAACCCAAACUGGUGGUGACCAAAGGGGCAGUGCCUGGUCUGCCAUAUUUGUCAGUGGCUCAGGACUCCGAGACAUCAGCUGUGGUUCGCUGGGACCCUCCAGAUCUCACCAAUGGCAUGGACCUGCAGGGUUACCGGCUCCAGUUUGGCCGGAAAGAUAUCUCUCCUUUGGCCACGCUGGAAUUUGCUCCCCAAGAACGACACUACUCUGUGGGCAACAUUCACCGGGGCGCCACCUAUCUCUUUAAAGUCUCAGCCAAGAGCAGGGGGGGCUUUGGGGAAGAGGCUGUGGUAGAACUCAAUGUGCCUGAGAAUACUCCAGGGGGAUACCCUCAAAUUGAAGAGGGCUCCAAUGUGACAUGCUGCUCAGUGCAGCUGUCCUGGUCCCCUCCCAUGCUGGCGGAGAGAAAUGGGGUUAUCACAGAGUACACUUUGGCCUUUAAGGAAACCGGUACCGGAGGAGCACCACGGGAGCUCCACUUGCCCCCCAGCCAGUCCAGCUAUGUUCUCAACAGCCUCAAACCGAACUCGGCAUACGAUGUGAAAAUACGUGCACACACCAGUGUAGGUCCAGGGCCCUACAGCCCACCUAUCCAGUAUCGGACGGUGGCCUUUGAUACAACAGAUGUUCCAAAGAAUUUCACCGUCAAGUGGGCCACCAAGACUACAGUGGUCAUUGCAUGGAAGUUUUCUGAAAGCAGGUCUCCAUACAAAUGCACAAUUGAGUACAACCGUCAGAAGAUGGAUGUGGAUGCCAGGCAGAUGAGGGUGCUCGUCACUGGUCUAAAGCACAACACCACUUACGAGUUCAGGGUGACCUGCGAAGAAAGUUUGGGCGGUGGGGCAAGACACCGUGUGGUUGCCAGGACCGCGCCACUCAUCCUGGUAAAGAAACCCAAACUGGAUAUCUACGCUGAGCCUGACAACAUGCUCACCAUGUCCUUUCCACCGGUUGAUACCAAGGAGGUCAAGACCUUCUAUGUGGUUGUUGUGCCACUCAAGAGGACCUCAGGAACUGUCAAAAACCUAAAGAACCCUGAUGAAAUGGACAUGGAAGAGCUGUUGCGGGAGGUGACCCCAAAGCGCCGUUCACGCCGUCAGCUGCCUCAGCUGGACCAGAGGAAGCCCUACAUCACAGCCUGCUUCAGACAGCUGCCUCCCAGCUUCACGGUGGGAUCUGACUACCGCCACAGCAGCUGUGAGAACAAGCCUCUUGAACCUGGCCAGGAGUAUGUCUUCUUCCUGCUGGCUGAACUCAAUGCCACCGCUGGGAAAAUGUUUGCUACCAGCCCUUAUACCGACAUAGUGAUGACACCCGAGCUGGUGGUGGACCCCCUGCCAAUAGAGACUGGUGACGGACUCAUAUGGGUGGUGGGCCCAGUCCUCGCUGUGGUCUUCAUCAUCUGCAUCGUCAUUGCCAUUCUCCUGUAUAAAAACAAACCUGACAGCCGCAAAAGAAAAGAGUCAGAGCCGCGCACAAAAUGUCUGCUGAACAACGCAGACAUUACACCCCACCACCCGACAGACCCUGUGGAGAUGAGACGCAUCAACUUCCAAACUCCAGAUUCUGGUCUAAGCAGUCCUCAGAGUGAAGCAGAUUUUGACUAUGAAAGUAUGAUGAGUCAUCCUCCCAUCCCCAUCUCGGAGCUGCCUGAACACACAGAGGUUCUCAAGGCCAACGACAACCUCAAGCUCUCCCAGGAAUAUGAGUCUAUCGAUCCAGGCCAGCAGUUCACCUGGGAACAUUCCAACCUGGAGGUGAACAAGCCCAAAAAUCGUUACGCCAAUGUCAUCGCCUACGACCACUCCCGCGUCAUCCUGGCUCCCAUCGAGGGUAUCACAGGGAGUGACUAUAUCAACGCCAACUACAUUGAUGGCUACAGGAAGCAGAAUGCCUACAUCGCCACCCAGGGUCCAUUACCGGAGACGUUUGGGGACUUCUGGAGGAUGGUGUGGGAACAGAGGGCAGCCACGGUGGUCAUGAUGACCAGGCUGGAGGAAAAGUCACGGAUUAAGUGUGACCAGUACUGGCCAAGUCGUGGCACAGAAACGUAUGGUAUGACCCAAGUGACCCUGUUGGACACCAUAGAAUUGGCCACUUUCUGUGUCCGCACUUUCUCCUUGCACAAGAACGGCUCGAGUGAGAAGCGGGAGGUUCGUCAGUUCCAGUUCACGGCGUGGCCUGACCACGGAGUACCAGAGUACCCGACUCCCUUCCUUGCCUUCCUCCGCAGGGUGAAGACUUGCAACCCGCCUGACGCCGGACCCAUCAUCGCUCACUGCAGUGCGGGUGUCGGCCGGACAGGUUGCUUUAUCGUCAUCGACGCCAUGCUUGAACGUAUCAAGCACGAGAAGACGGUCGACAUUUACGGCCACGUGACGCUGAUGCGCUCGCAGCGGAACUACAUGGUGCAGACGGAGGACCAGUACAGCUUCAUUCACGACGCACUGCUGGAGGCGGUGGCCUGCGGCAACACUGAAGUGGCUGCCCGGAGCCUCUAUUCUUACAUCCAGAAGCUGGCGCAGGUGGAGAGCGGCGAGCAUGUCACUGGCAUGGAGCUGGAGUUCAAGCGUUUGGCCAACUCCAAAGCCCACACGUCGCGCUUCAUCAGUGCAAACCUUCCCUGCAACAAGUUCAAGAAUCGGCUGGUCAACAUCAUGCCCUAUGAGACCACGCGCGUCUGCCUGCAGCCAAUCAGAGGCCUGGAAGGAUCUGACUACAUCAAUUCCAGCUUCAUUGAUGGAUACAGGCAACAGAAGGCCUACAUCGCCACGCAGGGCCCUCUGGCAGAGACUACAGAAGACUUCUGGAGAAUGCUCUGGGAGAACAACUCUACUAUUGUAGUCAUGUUGACCAAACUGAGAGAGAUGGGACGGGAAAAGUGUCACCAGUACUGGCCGGCAGAGCGCUCAGCCAGGUACCAGUACUUUGUGGUUGAUCCCAUGGCGGAGUACAACAUGCCCCAGUACAUCCUCCGAGAGUUCAAGGUCACAGACGCCAGGGAUGGUCAGUCCAGGACAGUAAGGCAGUUCCAGUUUACUGAUUGGCCGGAGCAAGGCGUGCCCAAAUCCGGGGAGGGAUUUAUUGAUUUCAUUGGCCAGGUGCAUAAAACCAAGGAGCAGUUUGGCCAGGAUGGACCAAUCUCAGUCCACUGCAGUGCUGGCGUGGGCAGGACCGGAGUCUUCAUCACCCUCAGCAUCGUCCUGGAGCGAAUGCGCUAUGAAGGCGUGGUUGAUAUCUUCCAGACAGUGAAGAUGCUCCGGACACAGAGGCCAGCCAUGGUCCAGACAGAGGAUGAGUACCAAUUCUGCUAUCACGCAGCUCUGGAGUACUUAGGAAGCUUUGAUCACUAUGCAACGUAAGAAGCCAUCUCUUCUCCCCGCCCCAGAAUCCUGUCGGCCCCCCCCCCUCCCCCCUCAACAGUCUCCUGAGCCAUAGAAACUUUGAAAUUUGAAACGACGACAGCAGACGACGAUACCACCAUCACUAAUUCAGGCAGGAUCCUAUUGUAGAUUUUUAGAAGACGACGCCCAACAAACCAGUUGAGAAUAAUUCCAAUUCGACCAAGAGGACCCUUCGUGAGGAAGUGAGGAAAUUUGCCCAUCACCGAUUAAAAAAGAAAAAGGAAAACCCUCAUCAGGAGAAGAAGUAGGCGCUGUGGCUCGAGCUGUGGGGCGGGAAUCGAUCAAAGUGUCAGACUGCUUACCUUACCUCAAGUGUUUCAAUGUGGAGGAUAUUGUAAACAUUCGUGGACAUUUCUCUUCUCAAAAAUAUCGUCGCGAUACAACGGUACCAAGCAGUUAAUGAAGGAGAAGGCAACAGCAAAAAUCAACGAGAGGCAGAUGGAUGUAGCCAAGAUGGGGUGACUUUCUUGUUUUUAGUUUGUUUUUUUUAGAUAUGCCUGGGUGUAAAAAUGGGUUCAAGUAUUUCUAUCAACACAUUUUGUGAGUGAUAGCCAAAUAUGAUCAAAUUGCGGUUGCCUGUGUGAACACAUACGGUUUUCCCCAAACUGACCAGACAAAAAAAUCAAAACAGUGGAAACGUAACUAGCACGAGAACACUUACCAUCUAACGUCAAAUAAACCUUGAGUUUUUUUUUAUACACUGUCUCACUAAUGAUAUGCAUAAUUUGUGUGGAGAAAAACACUCAAACUAUUAAAGUAUACAUCACAUAACUGCCUGUUCUCAAGCGCUAAGAGCUCAGAGAAGGCACCGAGAAGGUGGUUGUGAGGAAGAAAGCAGCAACACGCAUCUUAAAAUCACUUUCAUGAAUUGUGAACUUGUGUAAAAUCGGUAUCCCCCAGCCAGGUAACCACAGUGUAUUUGAGAAGAGCCCCCCAGGAGGCUCAUGUCACCAGAGAAAUCGGGGGAAACCUUGGCUGUCGCUAGAAGCUGCGUCUGGGUCGUCUCGCAGAUAGUCAAGGUUGGAGGAAUUUCAACUGUGUCACAUGUGUUCUUUUCUUUUUUUUACAAUCACUCCACUCUUUGGAACCAUUGCAUCAUGGGGCUUUGGUGUUAACAUCCACCAUUUUUGAACAAGAGAUAAAUCUGGUGGGCAAGAAUCUUUGGAACAAACAGAAACGAACCAAAACAAGGAUCGCUGCAGAGUCGUGGGCUUUCUUUGUGUACAGUGACCAACGCUCAUCAUCAUUGUUUCAAACCUUUUUGUCUUAUGGAGGAAUUAUCUUUUUUUUCUUUUUAAUUUCUGUCAAAAACCAAACAUGCUGCUUAUCUCGUGUAUGCUGUAAGUGUGACUCUUGAGGGAGAGGAAACUGACAAACUGAAGAUAGCAGCUCUGCUAACCGCUAGCGCAGAGACUGGCGUGACUGAAAGCGCAUCCACAUGAUGACUUCGUACACCGGUCUUUUCCACCUCUCCUUUUAUUCCCCCCACCCCCCUCCCUGCCUCCUCUAUAAUCAUCUAUUUCCUUGUAUAAGACACUAAAUUGUGGCAGAGGCCUGUUGCAAUUACAAAGCUGUACGUCAUGUGGUUGAAAAAAUUGGCCUUUAGUUCCACUGUAUGUGUGUUUGGUAACAGGUCCAUUUUAUAGAUGAUGUCUCUGUGGAUGACACAGCCAGAGCAGGCAGCCAUGUUGGAUCUCGAUGCCAUGAUGUGAUAAUGAAAUUCUUCGGUACAAGUUACUUGAACAUCCUUAAAGAAAAAAAAGAAAAGAAACUUGAAUUAAAUACCCCAAAAACAAAUGCAGGUUGGAUUUGACGCACUAAUGUAUAUGUGUCUGAUUUUAAAAAAACAAAAAAAAUCAAGCUUUUGAAAUCACCAGGUUUUCAUUUUGAGAUCAGUGCUUUGGUACAGA